AUGUGUGUGUGUGUGUUUGACACCUGCACCAACUUCCUCUGCAGGAUCGUCAGGUUUCCGUGGCAGAUGGGCGAGGAGAAGGUUCGACGCGUCUUCCGGGAAGCGCUGCAAAUCUGGAGUGACGUCACCCCGCUCACCUUCACGGAGAUCCACAGCGGGAAGGCCGACAUCCGCAUCGACUUCACCAGGUACUGGCACGGAGACAACCUUCCGUUUGACGGCCCGGGUGGGAUCCUCGCUCACGCUUUCUUCCCCAGAACACACCGACAGGGGGACGUUCACUUCGACUAUGAUGAGUCCUGGACGCUUGGGAACCACAUGGGCACAGACCUUCUGCAGGUCGCUGCCCAUGAGUUUGGGCACGUCCUGGGCCUGCAGCACUCCCGCGAACCAGGAGCCAUCAUGUCCGCAUACUACACCUUCUCCUACCCGCUGAGGCUGAGCGAGGACGACAAGCAGGGCAUCCAGUAUCUGUACGGAACUCACCCACAAGUCCUGCCCUCGCCGCCUCCGCCGCCGCCGCCGCCGCCCCCACCUCCGUCCAACCCAGAGACCAACGAGAUCCUCACUGAUCCCGACGCCUGCCAGACGGACUUUGAUGCCGUGUCAAUGAUCCGAGGGGAGCUGUUCUUCUUUAAGUCGGGCUACGUGUGGCGGAUCAGGGACGGGCAUCUGGAGAGCGGUUACCCGGCGCUGGCGUCCCGUCACUGGAGGGGGAUUCCCGACAACAUCGACGCAGCCUUUGAAGACAAGUCAGGGAAUAUUUGGUUCUUUCAAGGUGAGAACUACUGGGUGUUCGAUGCCGAGAUGCAGAUCAGAGGGCCGGAGUCCAUCCGCAGCUUGGGUCUGUCGGUGUCCGGGAUCCAGGCGGCGCUGCGCUGGGGCCACGACUCCAACUACAACACCUACUUCUUCAAGUCAGGCAGCUACUGGAGGUUCAGCCCCCGAGAGAACCGGGUGGAGUCCGUCUACCCGCGCAGCAUGCAGGAGUGGAGCGGCAUCCCCGACGACGUGGACGCAGCUUUCAGGGACGUCUACGGCUACGCUCACUUCAUCCGAGGACGACAGUACUGGAAGUUUGAUCCUGUCGGUAUGAACUCUUUGGAGGGCUACCCUCGCUACGUCGGCAUGGAUUUUUUCGGCUGCAGAAACGCGUGAGUCUGUAACGUCGAGAGAAUCACACGAUGUUUUUUUUUUUGUUUUUUUCUUUUCGACAAUGAAGAGGAGUUUUCGGAACAAAGACUUUUUGUAUGUUCGGAUUCAAGGGGGUGAGACGACCUCCUUUAAAUCUGUUUAUGCUUUACUCCAUUUAUUGAUUCUCAGAUCGACUUCAGCUUCUUCUCAGGAAAACCAAGCGAUGUUUCCUCAGACUUGGCACCUCCUGUGCAGCUAUACUCAUAUUUAUUUUGCACAUUUUGUCACCAGCCGCCUGAGACCUGGGCCCUGUAUUAACGAUACCGAUGUGAACUGUUCUCACCUCCUGUCUUUGAGCCUGAUGAUGAGAUUUUGGUUCACAGACAGAACAGACUCUUAUUCCCCCGGUUUCCUUUUUAAGAGACUUUCUGAUUCUCUUGUGUUUGAAGAGUGGCAUUAAACAGGUAGACGUGCAUGUGACUUUAAAUCCCGCUCUUUUAGAGAUUUUCUAUCCCUCACUCACCGUGAAUCAGUCACGUUGAAGGUGUGAUGGACUCACUCUCACCUUGUGUCGAGUCACCGAUGCUCACGCUUCAUAUUUGAACCAGAUGUCCAGAAAUCCUGCAAGAAAAGGGGAAAAUUCAAAUUAACGUUUGGUGCGUUGAGAUAAAGUCAGAUGCCGUUGAAUCUGUACAGAGGAAGAGGAGGGAUCAUCAGGUUAUUAUGUGGAAACUGUGAUGGAAACAUGAUAUUUCUGUUUAACGUAUCACGUCAGGUUACAGGUUUUACAUUUCUCAUAGCUCCAGUCACGCGCUUCGUGCUCAGAACAUCGCAAUUCAUUCACCGUCACUGUUUUCAAACCUGCACUGAGUCUGAACAUUUUCCUGAAAAUUUUCCAGAGAGGUUGUAAGUGAGAACGUAAAAGUCUCGGGACCCAAAAGAGUGAGAGAGAGGGUCUGGAUGGUUCUGGUCUCUGAUGAAGACCUGAAAACUUUCACUGACCCGGGGUCAGUUGCUUCUCUCGGUUGUUGUGACUCCGUCAGAAAACAUCUAAAUCUAAAGUUUCCUUCUUCUCCUUCCUGAACAAAAUAUUAUUUUUCCAGUUCAGUUUCCACAUGGGAAGAAAAUGUGAAAAUAUAAGUAAGCGUCACUCUUCCGACACAAUGCAGUGAGUCAUCAUCGCUUAUCAGUCUGCAGGCCUGUGCUGCAGGAAAAGCUCCAGGGCGCCACCUAGAGUGCACCUCUGUCCUCCUGCAGGAGGAGACCGUGUGUCCUCGUGUUGUUACGAAUCUCUCUCAUCCUGGAUGAAGUCUUUUCUUCUCUGUCACACGGUGCUGUCUCCAGGUCGGUCAGCAGAACACAUUCAGGGACAUUCAGUGGUUCUCCGCCGGCUCAGUCGCUCAGCAGCAGACUUUAGCUUCGACCCUGAUCUGUCUCAGGCUCUUUUACCGAAUCAAAACACAAAAAGACACAUUUUAUUUUUAUUUUUUAUUUUUUUACGAACUGCAAUCUGUGCAUGUCUCAUUUUUUCCGACUAGAAGUUCAUAUUCCAAAGAUUUUCAGUUCAUUGUCAUCAUGAAAAAUCGAAUCUUCAAGUUAGAGUAAAACUAAUAUUUGAUAUUUUGCUCCCAAAAAACAUUUAAAUGUCCAAAAUAUGAGUUUUUAAGAGUUAAUUUACCACCGUCCAUAAUUUAUUUUUAAUGUUUCGAGUCUGUAUAGUUUCUCUUUUUGCAGGAAACUUGAGUUUAGUACUAAAAGGUCAUUGAGAUUAAAAUCAUCCAGAAUUAUUAUUUGUUUUUACAUAAACUGAAAAUAUAAUUUCCUAUUUCGUUUUCCCAACUCUUCAGAUUUACCUGAUGGACUAAAUGAAGUAAAGUAGUGAAAACUUCAUAACUUUAAAUAUGGAGGAACUUCAGAAUUCAGGACUUUUACCAGAAUAAAACACCGUUUUUCCUCCAGCUCUGCUGCAGAGUUGAAGGAUCUGGACGUGACGACCUCUCCGUGCGUCCAGACCCGCGGGCUGAGAACCACUGUUCCUGCUGAUGGGACUUUUCCUCCUCCGUCACAGACAGAGGAGUGAUACUUCUGUCUGUGACGGCUGCUGACGGGACUUUUCCUUGAAGUGUGAAGUGUCACUUCAUCACGUUUGUUUUUCAGUGCAGGACACUGAGUCGUUAAAGUUUCAGUCAUUACAGACGUUGUUGUUUGAAUCAUUUCCUCAACUCAUUUCAAGUGUUAACUCUUUUACUGCUUUGAAAAAAUAUUUAUACGCAAUCGACUUAGCAAAUGUUUCUUGUACAUACGUGUCCUCGAUUAUUACGUCUUCUGAUAUGUAGCAGUUAACUUGUACAUUGAAAUGUAUGAACUGCAUAUUGUCUCUUUCUAAUAAAAUCAUAACCUUUUUACCAAA